AUGAAAAAGAGCCAGACGAUGCAGGGCACCUUCAGCAAACUCUUUGGGAAGAAGCAUACAAACUCUGCCGCCACGUCCCUCUACGCCACCAACCCACCCUGGAUUUUCACCCAAGAGGCCCAGGAAGAGGGAACCAGGGAUUUUGAUGGGAUCUAUUAUGGAGACAGUCGGUUCAACACUGUGAGUGAAUCCGGAACAGCCACGCUGAAAGCCCGGCCGAGAGUCCGGCCCCUUCUGACCUUCCUUCCCUUGAAUGCCCAGGAGAACCAUGGGCUGGCUGUACCUACCCCCUCUGUCCCAGAAGACUUUGCAGACAAAGAAGUGGGAGGUAAGAGAACUCUGAUCUUGUGCCCUCCCCCACCAUCACCCUUUCUUCCCCCCCCUAUACCUUCUUUGCCAGUCCCUGGACCCCCGAGUCCAGUCUCUCCUCACACAGCUGGAAUGUGUCUCUUACCCAGUGGAGGUAUUAUCAAGUGGAAAUCAGAAGUAGCACUCAAUGGCAGGCAGCCAGAAGACCCCAGAACCAGCCCCCCCAAAAGCCCUGCUGAACUAAAGGGGAGCCCCCUAGGGCCUACCCCGGAAUCCCACCUGACAUUCCCCAGGUCAUUCAAGGUGCCUCCCCCAACUCCAGUCAGGACUUCCUCUAUCCCAGUUCUGGAAGCACCAGGGGCUUCCCCAGAGGAGGAGGAAGCCAGCCUCCCACUGCCUUCCAGCUUCAGCAUCCGCCCUGCAUCUCAAGUUUACCCAGACAGGGCCCUGGAGCCUGAGCACCAGAGAGAGCCCAGGCUUGAGACACCAGGCAGCCCAAGGCUCAAGCAAUCUGAACCCCAGACAAAUGGACAAGCUGGAGUUCCACCCCCAGCUCCUCCCUUGCCUCCACCUGCUCCCCCACUUCCUCCACCAGCGCCCUCCCUUCCCCCAGCUGCUCCUCCUUUGCCCUCUACUGAGCAGGCAGUCCCUCCAUCUUCUGGAUUUACCAAUAUCCCAAAAUCCAGCUCACCUACUCCCAACUCCAAACCCGACCCCCCCACUCUGGAGGACACAGACUCAUCAGAACCCGUUGACUGGAGGGACCCCCGGCAGAUGGAAAAGCUUCGAAGUGAGCUGUCAGCCUAUCUCUGUGGGUCCAGGAAAGAGGAUCGGUCACUUGGCCACAGGCCAGUCUCUAUGGUGGCCUUGAAGGACAAGGAGAGCAAGAAGGGCUCCAGCUUAUCAGAGGCGGCAGCUCCUCCAAGCCUGCCUGAGAAGAUACACCCCUGUGGUUCUGAGAAGAGUCCCUCCAGCAACCACCUUUCAGAGAGAAAAACCACCAGCAGCCCGACCCUACCCCCUGUGGACUACAUCCCCCAGGGUACUACAGCCCCCAGUGUCAAGCAGAUCCGGAAUGAGCUGGAGGCUCGGUUUGCCUCCUCAGCAGAGAAAGAAGCCAAACCCAGCAUAGCAUCUUUGCCUCCCAAACCCAGGUUGGAGGGGGGAAGAAUCUUUGAAAAUGGGACUGAUAAUGGCAGAUUACAUAAGCCUGUCACCAAGAAUCCACCCCAGCUGCCUGCCACCCCUCUGUCGGCCACACCACUCCAGUCCAAGAUUACACCUGGUCCAGCAGCACCACCCAAGGCCACACCUAGGCCAGCCUUACCACUCAAGCCUACACCUGAGCAGAUGACACCACCCAAGCACAUACCUGGGCAGGUGACACCACCCAAGCACACACCUGAGCAGGCCACACCACUCAAGCCUGCACCUGGACAGGCCACACCACCCAAAGACCCACCUGGGCAGACCACACCACCCAAGCACACACUUGGAAAGGCCACACCACCCAAAGACCUACCUGGGCAGACCACAUCAACCAAGCACCCACCGGGGCAGGACACAUCAACCAAGGACACACCUGAGCUGUCCAUCCCAUCAUCUCAGCUGAUGGCUGAGAAGGACCUUGUCCCAGUGAGGCAGAGAGAAAAGCCAGAAUCUCAAGAAAAUGCAGUGGCCACCCAACUGUCCACAAAUGGAACCCUCUCCCCUCCAGCCCUCCCACCAAAGAUGUCCACUGGUGGAGAGGAGGUACCAUUUCUCUACAAACCCCAUCGCAGCCACAACACCCACAGCCGAGGGGUUGCUGUGGUGAUCCCCACUCGGGCCAGAGGCGAGGCCACAGACUCAGGAGGACUAGUGGAUGAAAAGGAGCCCCAAAGGCACCCAGCCAAACCUCUUACCCAAGUCCAGCCUGCUGACCAACUCCUCAGACACCCGGUGACUGGGGAGGUAGUGGAGCGGGGCUCCCCAAUGGCUCUGCUCCUUGCAGCCAGACAGAGGGCACAGAAGGGCAGGCCUGGAGGGACUGCGAUGGGACUGGGAAGGUCCUCUCUGCCAGGGAGUCUCCGUAACCAUAGCAAUCAAACAGAGGCCAGCUCUGACAGCAUCUUUUACAGAGGUAGCCGGCCCAACUCCUUCCUUGUGGUCCCUAAGGCACCCAGUGAGACAGAGGACUCCCAUCGGACCUCAGCACGGCCCGCUGGACCCAGUCAGUGGAAGCCCCAGCAGGGAAGAGACAUACAGGGCCCAGAGCCAAGCCACAGGCAUGGGUGGACCAAGGCCGAGUCCCCAGCCGUGGCCUCGGUGGCCCGGGAAAGACAGGCUCCCUCAAGCUUACCCCAGGGCGGCGCCCUCCCCAAAUCCUUCUCCUCUCCACCCUCUCCUUCCUACAAGAGGGAAGAGGAAGAAGAGGAGUUUUGCUUUGAUAUCAUUCCGCCGCCACCAGAGUUCAGCAAUGACCCUGAGCCCCCCGCCCUUGAGCUGCAGCAUCGGAGCCGUCAAGGGUCCCCACCCACAAACAACUUCUCGGACUUGGGACAGUCCCUGGACGCGGGCCCCGGGGCCAAUCCGGCUCGCAGCUUCUCGCGCUUUUCUGGCGCUCAAUACUCCGGGUUCGGGGGCCUGGAUCGCCUCUCAGGCAGCGGACGCUCGCUCAUCAAAAAACGCCUGUAUGUCGGGGAGCCCCACCACAACCCCGGGACGCCCCGCGGCGCCACUGGCCGCAGCAUGAGCUCCCCUAACUGCUUCGGACCGCAACCCGGGGGCCCCGAGACGCGACGGGUCAACUCGGCUGGCCGCGCAGCCCCUGGAGGCCUGAACGCACGGAGGCUGUCGCUGGAAGGCUCCCGAGGUACAGCUGAGGUCAAGUACAAGCUGCCCAGCGGAGGCGGUGGUAAUGGCAGCAAACCUGGCGACUAUGGCUUCGUCCCUGCUAAAGGAACCAGGUCUCUCCACGGCACCACCCACUAUGGAAGCCCCAUAAAUACGUUCACCGUGAGGCCAGGGACACGCCAUCCCAUUUCCUACAACUACUCUGGGACUCAUCGGAAAACCACCUCCUGA